AUGCAGGCAUCUCCAUUAUCGACAAGAGUUUACAGGAAUCGAAGUCCUCUUCAUGACAGCUGCGCUGAUGGAAACCAGAUUACAUCGUUGAACCAGCGAGCCUCAUUAGAGAAAGAUAUAGAACUUCUGCAAUUACAUCUGCAACAAGAAAAAUCUAUGCGACUUAUGCUUGAGAGAGCGAUGGGGCGGGCUUCAAGCACUUUGUCUCCAGGACACAGGCAUUUUGCUACACAGACAAAGGAAUUGAUUGCAGAGAUCGAGUUACUCGAGGAAGAGGUCUCGAACCGUGAGCAGCAUGUACUAUCUCUCUACAGGAAUAUUUUUGACAAUUGUGUUAGUCGGCAACCUUCUGAGCAGAGCUCAGGCAAGGCCUCUCCUGCCCAUAUGAAGCAUACAUCGAGGAAACACCCGAGUAUUAUUUCUAGUGCGUUUUGUUCUUCGAAAAAGUUCCCUCUGAGACCUUGGCAAGCUCUAGUUUCCACAAAUGACUCUGGGAAAAGAAUCUCUAGUAUUGAUGCUUCACAGUUUUGUGGAAAAACUGACAUUCUAUUUGACAGGACAUCUUUACACCUAGUUAAGGCUCAUGAAAAGAUUCAAGGUAUUGAAAAAACCUCGGUGUUACGAACUCUGAAAGACCAUCUUCAUCAAUGUCCAAGCAAGCUGUCGGAGGAGAUGGUCAGAUGUAUGGCAGCAGUAUAUUGUGGACUUCGUAGUGCAACAUCUUCGAAUUCUGAGAAAAAUCUAUGGCCUUCGUUGUCAAGGUCAUCAACUAAGGUUGUACUUCCCACACGCGGCGUUGGAGAGGACCAGGGUUUCUCUUGCACGUCCAAUGUUGAAAUAUCUUGGAUAUCAACUGAUAGGAACCGAUUUUCUCGAGCAUCUUAUGCCAUUAGUAACUACAGAGCUCUAGUGGAACAACUAGAAAAAGUGACAGUGAGUCAGAUGGAAUAUGAUGCCCAAAUUGCAUUCUGGAUCAAUGUGUACAAUGCCCUUGUUAUGCAUGCAUAUUUAGCAUAUGGAAGUCCCCACGGUUCCUUGAGACGGUUAGCCUUGUUUCACAAGGCUUCAUACAACAUAGGUGGCCAUGUCGUAAGUGCAAAUGCCGUAGAGCAGUCGAUAUUUUGCUUCCGUACACCUCGAACCGGACGGUGGCUAGAGACAAUCCUCUCCACAGCCUUGAGGAAAAAAUCUGGUGAAGAAAGGCAAAUUAUCAGUUCAAAAUUUGGUCUUUCAUAUUCCCAACCACUUGUCUGCUUUGCUCUUUGCACUGGAGCUUUUUCUGAUCCAGUGCUAAAAGUUUACACGGCAUCGAAUGUUAAACAAGAGCUAGAAGCUGCAACAAGAGAGUUUCUCCAAGCAAAUGUAGUUGUAAAGAAGUCGAAGAAAGUAUUUCUACCCAGAGUUCUUGAAAGGUUUGCGAAAGAAGCCUCAAUCGGCUCGGAUGAUCUACUGAACUGGGUUCUCCAAAACGUCGACAAGAUGCUCCACAAUUCGAUACAGAAAUGUAUGGAUGGCAAAUCCAAGAAGAAACCAUCGCAGGUCAUUGACUGGUUGCCUUAUACCUCAAGAUUCGGGUACGUUUUCUCGAAAGACUUGACAGAGAAGCUAUGGCGGGCAUAACUUCGACUCUUGGACGACAGGCGCCGGGGAGGUAUCGGUCACCUUCACUUGUAAUUCAAUGUCAAAUUCAUUGAACAUUCUAAUCUAUAGAUCAUUUAACAUAUAUUCUGCUUGAUCUAGAGCUAACACCUUCGCAGAAGUAGGAACCGUCUGCCAAAUUUAGCUCUGGGAUUAUGAUAAGCCUUGAAUUUUGGUGUAGAAUAUAAAGUUUGAUUCUA